AUGCCCAAGAAAGCCGUGUCCCUCGAGGAUGCGAUCCUGCAAGGCGUCCGACCCACAACACCCCGCGCCCUCGAAGCGUGUCUUCGCACGGGCAUUGAACCCGACGAGAUCAUCCCGCGGCUCCUUGAAGAUUUCCUACACCACAAGCACAAGCACGACGACGUCGAGCGCGAGGCCGCCCACCUUCGUUUUACCCAUUUUGAAGAAGGACGUCAAACCAAGAUCGGACUGCUUCGCCGGGAAAAGCAAAAGCUGGUUGAUGCCGGCUUUACGGGGUCGCCGAUCCUCGCCAAGCUGAGUCCAAAGAAGAAAACGAUUUCGCCGUUUGACGUGUUUAACGCGUCCGCACCGGACAAGGUCGUCGUGACGGACUCGACGAUGAUGGAGAUGGAAGAGAAGCGGUUCCAGGCCAUGAAGAUUCGGCAAGAGCGCGAAAUCGCCAGUAUCAUUGAAAUGGAGACGCGGAUGGCCGAAAUUCUCAAGCAAAAUGCGUUGCGCGACGCACAGGAAGCGAAGCGCAAGGCCGAGUGGGAAAAGGAAAAGAAGGAGCGUCGCGCGGCCCUCGUCGCGGCCAAGCACGAGCGCGAAAUAUUGAAAAAGAAGAGCGAGGAUGCCGAGGCGGCGGCACGCCGUCAGCGCGCCAAACGCGAAGCCGAAAAAGAAAAGAUCCUGCUGGAAGAAGAGCGCCGUCAAGAAAAACUGCGCCAUCGCGAAAUGGCCGAGCGCGAAAUGGAUCGCAAGCAGAAAGCGGAGCUGCAUCGUCGACAAACCGAAGAGCUACUCCAGCAACAAGAAAACAAAAUUAUGGAGAACCGGCGCCGGGUCAUUGAGCGCGAAGAGCAAGCGCAGAAAAAGAUGGCCGAAGCCAACGAACGUCGGCGGCAAGAAGCGGCUGCCAGGCGGGAGAAGGCCAACGCGCGCAUUCAAGCCGCAUUGGACCAGAAUCAGAACGUCAUGCUAAAGAAGAAACAAGAUUUCGAGCAGAAGCAAGAGCUCGCGGCCGCACGGGCCAUGGAAGUGCACCGAAAGGAAAUGCAAGAGCUCAAAGACCGGGCCGAGCGCAAUCGCAAGGAAGAAGAAAUCCGGCUCCAGCGCGUCGAAGCGGCUAGGAACAACCAAAGCGAGCGCGUCGAUACGAUCGUCAAGAAGCGGCAUCAACUCGAAACCCACCUCGAUGUGGUCUACACGGAGCGCAGCAAGGAGCGAACACUCAAGUCCGUCGAGCGCGACCUGACGCUCGAAGAAAAGAAAGCCAACGUGGAGCGGCUCAAGAAAGUCGAAGAGUUUAAUCGCAUUCAAACGCUGUUACGCAUUUCCGAGGAGGACGAACGUAGCCGCAUGAUCAAGAUCAAGAAACAAGCACUCAUUGACGCCCGCAAGAAAAUCGCGCUCGAGUCGCUGGUGCGAAAGCACCGCAUCGCCGAAGCCGUUGGCAACAUGCGCAUUUCCAACAAAUGGGACAAUAUCAACGAGAUCAUGGAGGGCUCGACGAGCCCGGAUCGGAAGAACCGCAAGAAGAAGAUGAUGAGCUCCAAGUCGGCAUCCGACAUUGAAACAUCCACGUAUUUAUGA